AUGGUUAAAAGCCAAACGGUGUCAAUCAAGACUUUGGAGAACCAGAUUAGGCAGAUUGCUAACGCGUUGAUAAACAGACCACAAGGGACUCUUCCUAGUGAUACCGAGGCCAAUCCGGGUAAGAAGGAACAGGUACAAGCUGUCAAUUUGAGGUCCAGAAAAGUUACGAAGGAAAAAGAGUCAGCAACACAGCGAAACAAGGAAGAGAGUGAUCAACAAGUUGAAACACCCGUACUCUCAUCUAAGUCUGAUACUGGAAAAACUGUUGUUGACGCUGACAAGAAAGAAAUCAACGAGGAAGCAAGCAAGGAAUCAGCCGAGAAGUCUGGUCCGAAAGCUGAUAUUGGGGUCAAGCAAGUAUAUCCACCUCCCCCUUUUCCGAAGAGACUUCAGAAGCAUAAGCUCGACAAGCAAUUCGCUGAAUUUCUAGAGGUUUUCAAGAAAUUACAAAUCAACAUACCUUUUGCGGAGGCUCUAGAACAAAUGCCGAGUUAUGCUAAAUUUAUGAAAGGUAUUCUAUCUCGUAAGCUGAAGCUUGAGGACUUGGAGAUCGUUGCUCUAACGGAAGAGUGCAGUGCGGUGCUGCAGCAGAAAUUACCUUCGAAACUCAAGGAUCCGGGGAGUUUCACAAUACCGUGUACCAUUGGACCAUUGUCAUUCGACAAGUGUUUAUGUGACUUGGGAGCUAGCAUUAAUCUGAUGCCAUUAUCUGUCUUCAAGAAACUUGGUUUGCCAGAGCCGAAACCUACAAACAUGUACUUACAACUGGCUGAUCGGUCCAUCACAUACCCGAGAGGUAUAGUGGAAGAUGUCUUGGUUAAGGUGGAUAAGCUCAUCUUCCCUGCAGAUUUUGUCGUCCUAGACUUUGAGGAGGAUAAGAAGAUUCCUAUUAUCUUGGGAAGGCCGUUCUUAGCUACCGGACAAACUUUGAUCGUGUGCAAAAGGGAGAGCUUACAAUGA